GCUGAUGAAGAGAAAGAGGAGAGAGCUGGAGUGAACGGACUAAAUGCUUCCAUUGGUACAUUUUUAAUCCAUUUUAUAAUCAAUCUGACCAUAUCCUCAGGAGACAUGGAGGCGGAAGAUAUCGAGCUUGGGGAGCGAAAGGAACAACUCGCUGCGGAUGUGGACGAUAUCAUUGCAGAAGUAGACGAGGAAGACCUGGACACUGACUCAGAAAAUGAGGAAGAAAACGAAAUGCUAGUGGAUGAGGAAAUAGAAGGUAAUGAUGACCCUUUAUACCAUCCGCAAUCUGACUCGGAUUCCA